GGCGUGCGAACGUUGCUAAGGUGACUACACGCAACAAGUGACAAUAGCUACCCGCCCACCACAUGGUGCCGUUUGCAUCUUUUUCGCAGAAAUCUGAAGGGUGACACGGCACAGUGACGACCCCAGUGUCUUCUGUGGUGCACCACAGACCCUCUAUGCUCAUCUCAUACACGAAGGACUCGUCCUUGACAUUUCAGUGAUGUAAACAUCAUUUUCGAACGGAUUGAAUGAAACAAUCGUGUUGUGCCCAUAUAAAAUCAGCCUGAACCGACUUUAAACUGCAGUGUUAUUUAUUUAACCCUUCAUAAAACUGAAGAGUGAUAUUCGAUAUAAAUAUCUUGAUCUCCUUCAACUUUAAAACUGGCUGUAAACACAUAAACAAAAGUGUUCUCUCGAAGGUCUAUCAGAGUUCUCGCUAAAUUCACAGAGUAAAUAGUUGUUAUUUCUGAGAAAGUUCAAUAUUUCGACAGGUGAUCCAAGGCACCUCGAUUUUCAUUGACAUUUCACAAUCGUAAAGAAAGAUUAGGGAUUUACAGACUUUCGCGUCACAUAAAAUUAGAUAAUCUCUUGAUAACGCUGUGUUACUAAUAUUUGUACAUCGGAUUCCGUUUAGAAUAAAAAGUUAUACUUAUCUCCGUUUGAAGUCUACCGCUUGAAUACAGAAUCGCGUAGAAUUUGGACAAUUUCAUUCAUUGGUCUUCAUACGUCUUUGUUUUAGGGAAUAGUGUCAUCUUAACUCUGUGACUUCGGAGUGCCCUUCACAACCGUUUUUCAGAUACAUAGACAAAAAGAAUUAUCAAACUCUGUGACUUAUUCGGAGUGAUCGCUGACCACGACUUUAUUUCAUCAUCAUUCAUAGAGAGACGAAAGCGCUGUAGUUUCGAAGUGAUUCGCGAAAAUUUUCGUUGCGUGUAAACAGGUUGUUGACAUUUGUGUGCCCAAAGGGCUAUGGAUUCCGGGGAGUGUUGUGUCGCCCCAACGGGAACUACAAGAUCCGACGACCAGAUAGUACCCGCUCAUCCUGGUGACUGCUGGAAUAACGUACAGAACAAUUCUCAGACGUUCGUUGACGCUUGGCUUUUUCAAAUGCAGACCAGUGAUCUGGAUACGUUCCUGCCCAAAUCGGAAUGGGAGCAACAUCUGGAGGAGGAGCUGGAGAAGCCCAGACGGGAGGCUGUCCCGCAGAUCGAGGACUUCUUCGAUCACCAUCCGCACAGGAACCAUCAGCCACAUCCAAUGAGCUAUGUGUCCAUGAGGUCCUUACCAGGCACUGAAGAUGACGUGUUUCUGCGUCCGCCUCUAUGGGAGGACAUUGCAAGCAGCAUACAAAACAUCGAUCCCGAAAAUGCGAACAUGUUAGGGGUCGGCCAGGGGCAGGUCAAAUUGGAGGCGGUUGACGAUCUCGCUUCGAAUUGUGUGCCUACCCCUUCCCCUCUGCUCUCACCCCUUGAAAUUAAAACAGAGAAGAUUAUGCAUCCGUCGCCAACUCUCCACCUCCUGAGCGACUCAACAUCUCCAUAUAACCACCACCAGAACUCCAUGAGUCCUCAAUACCAGCAGCAAACUCCCAUGCACCUUCCGCCAACGCUGCACAACAACAAUAACAACAAUCAGCCACAGUACAAGUACAACAACAAUAACAAUAUAAACGCGUCAUCCCCACCCACGAAUGCCCUAUAUCCCCCUAUGUCCAGGUUGAUGUACGUUUCACCCUUAACCCCUCCUAGUUCGGAACCAGGCUCCCCUGGAGGGGCGUUACCACGACGCACCCCACCACCGCCGUAUCCAGUGCCUUGUCAGGGGAGUACAGGUGGAUCGAUGUCCAGGAUAGGUGUGACUGGGGUUAAGUAUAACAGGAGAAAUAAUCCAGAGCUGGAGAAGAGGAGAAUACACCAUUGUGAUUUUUUAGGUUGUACUAAAGUAUACACAAAGAGUUCACACCUGAAGGCUCAUCAAAGGAUUCACACAGGUGAAAAACCAUAUCAGUGCCAGUGGCCCGACUGCGAAUGGAGGUUUGCUAGAUCCGACGAAUUGACUCGUCAUUAUCGAAAACACACCGGUGCAAAACCGUUCAAAUGUAAUGUGUGUGAAAGAUCCUUCGCAAGAUCAGAUCACUUAGCUCUACAUAUGAAGCGCCAUCUACCCAAAACAUCCAAAUAGUUGUUGGACAUAAGAUUUUUUGGCAUACUUUUGUAACUAUUCUUAUGGGAAUCUAAGAGAUGCAAAGAGAAAGUAUUGAAUCACCAAUUCGAACACAAUUUGUUCAUUAGAAGCCAUCACCAAUUAUUAUAGAUUAUGAAUUACAUAUUUUAUUUUUUUCCAUUCCAUUUGAACUGUGAUCUCAUCACGUUGUAAUUUGAUGAUUUUCUAUGCCUUAUUGUAUGCCUUGUUCAGACAAAACUGAGGCCUUGUAGUGGAAUUUAUGAAAACUCCUUAGUACAUUUUGGGGUUUUGUAGUGUAUAGAUUUUUUGAAAAUUUAUGAAUUUCCCUUAUCAACAGCCCUCCCUACAACAAUUUAAGAAGUAAAUUUUAAACUAAUUGUAUCAAACUAUUUUUGAUUCAGAAGCUGAUCUUAUAUUUCUUCUACUCGAUUAGCAUAUUUCCAUCACGUUUGAAAUCAACCAGCUUGUAGAAAUGCAACACCAGUGAUAUGAAUUUAUGAAUCCCAAUUUUUUUCAUUUAGUCAAAAAUUAAACUCAAAAUCAAAUUCACUGUUUUCAUUCUUAAAUUUCAAUAUUUUGCUUUAUGAUCACUUUCUUCUCGGCUCUAAAAUGAUUUUCAGAGAAAAUUUAAAACAUAUUUUACAUACUUUUAAUUCAAAAUUUGUAGUGUAGUAUUUUCUGUGAAAUAAACUUUUGAAACUAUUCAAUAUAGUUUCGAACUUUGGGAUUUCUAGAUACAUCCAUUUUAUAUAAUAUAUACUAAAAUAUUUUAGUCCUCUCUUCUACAUCGUAAUGAGGAUGAAAAUUGAAAUUCAAACACUGUUGCAUAUUCUCAUAAAUUUCAAUGAAAUAUUACAACAAUUAGCAAUGUGUGUUAAUAUUAAAUGCUGUAAAAACAUGCCAUAGCAUGUACGUUUUCUGUAAAUAUUCAAUGUUUGCAAAGUAUUACAAUUUUAUUCGAUUAGGUAUGUAUUUACAUAGAUUCAUAGAUGUUAGAAAAUAAAUUGCAUUGCCAUUUUUUACCACUUGUGAUUUCUUAGAUAUUAUGAUUUUUAUGGAGAAUAAUCGAUUCUUGAAUGAAUGUACACAUCUUCAGUAAGUUACCAAAUAUGUUAACUGAAUAUACUUAAUUCAAUUGUAUAGAGAUUUGCGUUAUAAUUAUUGACUAGAAACUAGUCAAUUUUCCUUUGAGAAAUUUGUAAUUAUUUAAAUUAGAAUUUAGUAAGAAGUAAAUAUACAUUCUUAAUGUAUUUAUAUCAUUAUUCUUUAUUGUGUAGUAUAUCACAAACUUUAUCACCUAACAUUAUAAUUUUUGUACUGUUUACUUCUAUUUAUAAAAUAAACAAGUAUCAUGAUGUGAUCCAAACAAUAAUUGAUCAUAGUCGUCCACUACAGGAUAUAUAUAACCUUCUAUAAGGUCUAAAUGAAUAUUCUUUUGGACAAAAUAGAAUUAUCAAUUAUUGAUUGGUUUACCCCAAUAAGUUGAAAUUUGUUUUUAUUUCUGAAAUUUACUUUUAUAAAGUUUUAUUUUAUCAAA